AACUAUAUUAACGCCCCUCUUCUCAGAGUAGCCCAUUCCAUAGGCUCAUUUCCGUUUCCUGUGCGUCGCUGCAGAGUCCUCCGUGAGGCGUCAGCUGAGAGGACGAAGCUUAAUUUCCCUCGAUUUCUGACAUUUUAGCAACACCUGCAUCGCAAAAACAACUCGCCAUGUCUGCAGCAACUGAGGCUGAGGUGAACCCUAAGGCGUACCCCCUGGCUGAUGCCCAGCUGACUACCCAGAUCCUGGACCUGGUGCAGCAGGCUGCCAACUACAAACAGCUUAGGAAGGGGGCUAAUGAGGCCACGAAGACCCUGAACCGAGGUAUCACUGAGUUCAUCGUGAUGGCAGCAGACACAGAACCCCUGGAGAUCAUCCUACAUCUACCUCUGCUGUGUGAGGACAAGAAUGUGCCCUAUGUGUUUGUCAGGUCCAAGCAAGCCCUAGGGCGUGCCUGCGGUGUUUCCCGCCCCGUGAUCGCGGCCUCCGUCACGAUCAACGAGGGAUCUCAGCUGAAGUCCCAGAUCACCACUGUGCAGCAAGCCAUCGAACGUCUCCUCAUCUAGACCGACUGACACGCACACAAUAUGUCCGCCACACGCGCACCACACUUAGCACAGGGUGUAUUAUAGUCUUACAUGCAGUGUUUUAGCCAGCCUGAAAUUUGUUCCUUACCCUGGAUUUUGAUUGGAAAUCCUGUCAAAGGUGUGAUGAUCCUAGAAGGGUUCUGGGCAUACUAUCCCGGGAAAAUUUUGACAUCUAGAUCCCCCAAACACAAUUUCUUCUAUUUUGAGGGGCAAGUUUUGCUGGUAGACCUAUUUCAACAUAACAAUUUUUGUCUGUCACAGAAGAACAAAUGGACAAAAUGUUUGUCCGUCUCCAUCGUCAAAAUUUCAUCGAAGGACAGAAAGAUGGAUCCUGGCUAAAAUCCUGCUUACAAGUUUGUAACAGAGGUGUAAGCAACUUAUAGUUUUGAAAGUCUGUAUAUGUCUUUUCUUAAAGGAGUACUCUACGGAAAAGGAUCUCAAGAUCUCAAUUCUACAGUGUUUUUUUUUAUGGUUCCUGCAUACUACAACUUUGUGGAGUUUAAGAAAAGAGAAGAAAAAAAAAGUAAGAAUGUAAGUGAUUGCAUCAUGCCCUCUGGUUUUAUUUGUCCAGAAUUAUUUUUGUAAAGAUGCGACUUUUUCUUCAGUAAAAAGAUAUAUAAACCAGUUGCAAAUCAUGCCAGUUCAUGGAGAAAAAUCAGCCUUGCAGUUCCAAACUGUUUGUUAAAAAGUAAUAUUUGAGAGCUGUUCUUUUACAUUCCGUUGUACAUUCUAUUGUCUAGCAUGGUAUACACACAAAAGAGUUAUGGACUUUUUUUUAUACCCAAGAAGGUUUUAAGAUGGACUAGCCUGUGACUAAGUAAGGAUGUGUCGGCUUGAGGAAUAAAAUGCUUACGGACAUCAUUGUG